AUGGAGAGUGACCAACGAAGAGACCUUGCAAACAAGGGCAAAUCAACUUCGACAUCACAUGAAAAUGUUUCCUCUUUACCCUCGCAAGGCCCCUCUACCGAUCCAACGUUGGCUCACAUUUCGUCGCCCCCAGACGCAGAGAAGACCGCACCUGAUCAUCCGGGGUUAACUGUAGCCGGAAGUUCGAGGGAUAACCAGGAACAUGCACGGAACGUGACAGUACCCUCCAGCAGUGACUCCAACACCGGCUCAUCCAGCGACGAGAUCACUCCUGCGGGCAAAGGGAAGGUCUCAUUCAAAGAGCUGGCGAAGUAUGAUGAUAUCGACCUCGUCAAACCUUGGCAUCGCAAGCUCAUACUUAUUCACCCGGUUGUCAUUGCCUGGGUGUUCGUCACCUAUGCAGCCUAUUACGGAUACAGAAUAUGGUGUAACUACCAGUACCGCCUUCGCUAUGGAGGGAUGGAGGAAGCCUCAUGGAUCUUUAUAUGCGUUGAGGGUGUUAUUCUUGUGCCGUACAUGGCGUGGAUGACGGUCUUAUUGCUCUCAAUUGGUGAUAGGCAAAGACCCAAGUUGCGCCUCAGGGGUGAUGCAGUACCGACUGUGGACGUGCUCUUUACCACCUGUGGAGAGGUUGUUCCUAUGAUCCUCAACACCAUAAGAGGCGCGUGUAACAUCGACUAUCCCCGAGACCGAUACCGGAUAAUCAUUUGCGACGACGCGGCGGACCCAGCUCUUGAGGAAGCCGUGAGACCACUAAUCGAGGAGUUUCCGCAGCUGUUCUACCAGGCCCGCGUCAAGAUUGAGGGUGUUCCUCAUCACUACAAGGCUGGUAACCUACAGUCUGGUAUCGAUUAUGCCGUCCAUCUUCCAGGAGGGCCGGCAGAGUAUCUGGCAACAUUGGACGCAGACAUGAUACCCGAUCCAGAAUGGUUAAGAGCACUGCUUCCGCAUCUCCUCAGGGACCCGCAGCUGGCUCUUAUUUCCCCGCCUCAAACUUUCUGGAACGUGCCCGCUGAUGAUCCGUUGUGCCAGUCGAUAUGCGAGUUUAUCCACUAUCUCGAGCUCAGAAAAGAUCAUAUGGGGGCUGCCUGGUGCACUGGAAGUGGUGUCGUCUUCAAAAGGUUCGUCGUUGAUAAUAUGGGUGGAUGGCCCACUCCAUCAAUGGCUGAAGACCAGCUGCUCUCGUUCAUGAUGAAUGGUGAAGGAUAUAAAACUGCCUAUCUUCAUGAGUUUAUGCAAGUUGGCAUGGUGCCAGAGAGUAUCAUCAGCCAUUUGAAACAACGCACACGUUGGGCCGUAGGCACACUGGAAACAGCUGCAGAGCUGAACUGGGGCUUUCCUGGCAAAUUUACAAAGCACAUGACGUUCCCUCAACGCUGGUGCAUUUUCACAUUUGCGUUGAAUACCAUCAUGACAAUCCCGGUGUUCAUAGCGUACUUUAUCAUACCAGCACUUCUAUACUGGGGCCGCGACCUCAUGGUUUAUGUCACGCCGGACCAGCUCCGAUGGCAAAUUCGCCUAUGCGCGAUUUGGGUUUGGUCUCUCCGGAUCAACGAGCUCGUGCUCACUCUUCCGUCCGGAUACAUUCAAGGCCAACGCAGCGCCAUGGCCUGGCAGUUCAUGAUACCGUACCUCGCGGUCAGCGUACUCAGAUGCUACAUCCUUCCCAAGUGGCUAGGUGGGAAGGAAAUCGCCUUCCUGGCUUCGGGCGCCAUCCGCGAUCGAUUAAAGGAGCGGUAUGCGAACCAACGCGCGGGCUUAAAGACCCGCCUCAACCUCAUGGGCAUCCACUGUAGAAUUUGGUUCUUCGUGCUCUUCGUCAUGUACUGCUGCGGUGCUGCCGGUCUCGACUGGUGGCGAGCAUGGAAGAUCGGACGAGAUUCCCACGAUGUCGAACAAGCUCUGCGCCAUCUCCUCGUCAACUCGAUGCUCCCACCAAUGUGGUGGCUCUUCUUGGUCGUUGCUUAUCUCGUCCCCAUCGUAUACGUCUUCUUUCCUCCCACUGUCCCAGAAAGAGAUGAUAUGAUGAACUUCGACCCGAAGACAGGUGCUGGGCAGCCAAAGCACAAAGAGAUCAAGCAGGUUUGGGGUAUUCUCGAUGGGUUAAGGGAGGUCUUAUGGGUAUUGACGGUCGUGUAUUGCUUGAUUUUGUUCAUCGGAACAUUUCUUCGAUGA